CCCAAUCUUAAAUCAAAUACGACCGUUAAAUCAAAACCUUCACGGUUUUGUUUUGGAUAUAGGAGGAGCCAUGGUGAUCUUAUCUCUCGUCUCUUGUUCCUUCUCCGUUUUCUCACCGCCGACUAAUCUCCGUCUUCAUCUCCCGCCGGUUACAGCUGCUCUCUAUUCUCAUGGAGCCUUCCCUGCUUCUUCUACAUUUCGGUCUGAGCUACGGCCAUUGCUUUUCCGUUGCUUAGAUCGUCGGGAAACUGCUCUUGUUUUCCGAUGUAGUUGCGUUAGUUCUCCGAUUGAAGCUGGAAGUAAAACUGUUGCAGAGUCUCUGUUUUCGUUAUUCCGAGAUAUUGGGUUUAGAGAAGAAGAAACUGAGAUGGUUUUAGAGAAGAACCCAGAUAUAAAGUCGGCAUCUUUGGAUAAAAUCAGUGCUCGUGUUGCUUCUCUUCAAUCUCUGAAAAUCAAUGGCUUUGCGCUUCAGGGGUUGAUAGCAAAGUGCCCUAAUUUAUUGACUUCAGUAGAAUUGGAUCCCGUUAUUAGUUUCUUGGUUGAUGAACUCGAAGGAAGGCUUGAGCCUGAACUAGUUGAGCGCUUACUUGCUGUGGUAGAAACAUCUAUCUUGCUUAGUUUCAUUCAGAAGGUGAGAUUGCUUAUCCUCCAUGGUAUACCAAAAGAAAAGAUCUCUCACGUAUUGAGCAAAGUGUACUUAAAUAAACUGCUGUAUCAGAAAUCAGUUGUAGACAUUGAGAGAUUGAUUAGUUUCUUGGAACCUUUUGGUGGAAUUGGUAUAAUAGCGAGGCGUCCAGUGAUUCUCAACAGUGACUUGGAUAGUCAGUUGAAUCCUAGGGUUGAUUUUAUUAGGGAUCUAAGCGGGGAAGACGAUUUCGCCACUGGAACCGUGCUACGUAGACUCCCUGCUAUAUUGAGUUAUAGUGUUGAGCAUAUGAACAGCCAUGUUGAGUUUCUUAAGUCUUUUGCUGGCUUGACGACUGAACAAGUGUUUAAGAUUGUUCAUGUGUUCCCUAAUGUUAUCAGCACUAGUAAAGAGAGGAAACUGCGGCCGAGGAUAGAGUUUCUGAAGGAAUGUGGCUUUGAUUCCCCUGGCAUGUUCAAAUUCUUGAGCAAAGCACCGUUGUAUCUAGCUUUAUCUGAAGAUAAUCUCUCGCACAAACUCGGGUUUCUGGUGAAGAUUGGAUAUAAGCAUAGAACAAAGGAACUGGCUUUUGCGAUGGGAGCUGUGACCAGAACAAGCUCUGACAAUAUGCAGAGGGUGAUUGGACUGUACUCGAGCUACGGUCUUUCGUUUGAAGACAUUCUAGCUAUGAGCACAAAGCAUCCUCAAGUCCUGCAGUAUAAUUAUAGUUCCUUAGAAGAAAAACUGGAGUAUUUGAUCGAAUACAUGGGGCGUGAAGUCGAAGAGCUUCUUGCAUUCCCUGCAUUUCUUGGGUACAAGCUUGAUAGCAGGAUCAAGCAUAGGUAUGAAGAAAAGUUGAAGAGCAGAGGUGAAAACAUGUCUCUUAACAAGCUUUUGACAGUAUCAGCUGAAAGAUUCUCUAAGGCGGCCAAAGACAUCGAAAUGAUUUGUUUAUGAUUGAGUGACAAAAGUUCAUUAAGAACUUACAACUGAGAGUUUAUAUCACAAUUUUCUCACUUGGAUAUCAUCAACAUUAAUACUUUACAUGCCUUGAUUUAUAGAGUUAAGCUAAGCUUUUGUAUAUUCAUUAAUGUUCGUGCUUGGAUUAGUUUGUGCGUGCGUUAGUCCAUGAAUAAAAUGUAACAUAUAUAGCAUUGUCUCUCU